AUGUAUGGUGUGUAUUCAUUCUCAAAAAAUGGAGAUAAAACCGAAUUCUUCCAUGACUGGAGACAGGAAUUUCUUGCAGGAACUGGUAAAACUCUAAGUUUUUAUGACAUUGCUGAUGUUACUGCAGCUUAUGGAUGUACUGAUUCGUGUGUCUCACCACCUACCUGUCAGCACGGAGGAUUUGUUGAUCAAACAUGUUCAUGUGCUUGUCCUCCAGAUUUAACUGGCACUGUUUGUCAACAACUUGAUCAAAGUAGUUCCAAUUGUGGAGGUACUAUUAAUAUAGCAGGUGGUGAAACAUUUUUUCUGACGUCACCAAAUUACCCAUCGAAUUAUGACACCGGUUUGAAGUGUGUAUGGUUCAUACAGGGAGAUCCUGGCAACCAUAUAAGAGCAACUGUUACCGAUAUGGAUGUAAGCCAUAACAAAAAUACUUGCUAUCACUGGAUAGAAAUGGUUUAUUACCUCCUUGCCAACAAAGGUCCAGAGCGAUGUGGUACUACGGACCAUGAAGUCUGGGAUACAUCUUCCGAGGGAGAAAUGAAUACAAUGAUAAUUAAAUUUGACAGUUUUGUGGGAAGUGAUAAGGCGACCGCAAAGGGAUUCAAUAUAACAUUAGAAUCAAUUGGAACAGUCGGUGUUGAUCAACAAUACGAUAGACAAAGAUGA